GGAUGUCCUAAAAUGGCUCCUCAUCCAGUUCAGAUUAUCAUUAUUCUGUUGAUUUCUUGCCUUUCAUUGGCUAAAGAACAGGAUAUGACAGUAGAGGUGGGGGCCGGGAUGGAAGAAUGUUUCUUUGAGACUGUUAAUUCAGGGUUUACCUUCACUGUUGAAUACCAGGUCGUUGAUGGAGGAUCAGGACAAUAUAGUGAACUAGACAUUAACUUCAGAGUUAUGCAUCCUCGUGGACAUCCACUAGUGGCAGAAUUCAAGAAAUCUGAUGGUGUUUUCAGCCAAACAGUCAAGGAUAGCGGUGAUUACAAGAUAUGUUUUGAAAACAAGUUCUCAUAUGUUUCAAGUAAAACAAUAUAUUUCGAGGUUAUCAAUGAGAAUGAAGAUAUUGAUUAUGAUGAUUUUGCAGCAAUAUUUUCGGAGGAGGAAGAACCUGAGAUAUAUGAACUGCAGGUUUCAGAUAUAGAGGAUAAACUCAAGAAGAUCAAGGAUGACAUGGAGAAAGCUAGACAUCUCCAGGAUAUGAUCCGUGUAACUGACUUAAAGGACAGAUCCCUUGCCGAACAUAAUUUUGAGCGGGUCAACUUCAUGUCCAUCAUCUAUCUGGUAGUACUAAUUGCAGCAGGAGUUGUUCAGGUUGUUCUCUUGCGAAGUCUUUUCGAUGAAAAAUCUAAAAUCAAUCCACUGUGGAAGAAAGCAUUUCAGGAUUAGAUCAAAUAUUGAUAAUAAUAAUAAUUGUAAAAUUCAUGAUUUAUUUAAAUCAUAAACCUGCUAAAUUAUUGUCUCAUUUCUCAAUUUCAUUUUGCGGCCAUCGAUUUUUAUUAUUGAAUUGAAAAGUUACCAAUUAUUCAUAUUUAAACCUAUGAGACAUUAAAAACAGGAAGUUUCUCUUUUUUUGUUUGUCUCUGAUUGAUAAAAGAAAUAUGUUUUUAGUCAAUUAAAAAAUUCUCUUUUUGUGUAUUACUUUUGUUUACCAAGUACAAAAUGUAAUUGAUGUGUAGUUUGUCUGUCAUAAAUUAAUUACUUGCUAACUGCAUAAAUACCUGUUUUUGUACCAGCACCAAGUUUUGGUUGUAAAUAAAUUCAUUCUUAUAGGAACAAUUAAAUCUGCACAAAUAGGAACUGUACUUAGUACUGGUGUCCGAUUGUUGGCAAUAAAGACUUUCGCAAUUUUUAUUUUCUUCAGCUCAAAAGUCUGCAACAUAAAUACUCAAAAACUCUGAUUGACAUUUGAUUUUUUAAAUCAAAAUUAUGAAAGGCCAUAUGAACUAAAGAAGAUUAUUGAAACCUUUAAAUCAAAACUAAUUAUUGUACUGUACUGUGUACACGGAACUCUUAACUUGUUCUAAGACUGUGAUGUUAAAGACCAAGAGCUACAACGCUACCGGUUUACUGUAUUUACUAGUAUGAGCUUAAAUAAGUUUUCAAUUUUUCAGA